AUGAAGAGUCUGAAGGCAAAGUUUAAAAAGACGGAGGUAAGAGCACUCUGCUUAAAACUUGAAAGCUUCAAAGUAAAAGUUAUAUAUAUAUCUGUUUGCUAUCUCUUGAGAAAUAAUUCAUAUGGGUUAUGUGUUCUGCAUGAGGCUGGUGAGUCAUUUUUAAAGACCCCAUGUUGGAUUUUUUUGUGUGCUCAUAAGGAGAAAUGGGUUUAAGUGUCAGUGAGCAGCAGGAGAGCAGGGCUGUCUCCAGACUGUUGCUAUAACCAGUGAGCUCAGGUGGCCUUCAAUUAUUUACAAGUGGCAGACCCACACACACACACACAUUCACUCAAUAACACACAAGCACACACACAUGCACAGUGAAAGAUUCCCCACUUUCCUGCUGUUGCCUUCUUGAAACAUGAUGUAACUCUUGAGGACUUUAAAACAUGGUGUUGACAUUUUUUUCCUGGUCCAUGUAGUUAAUUACUUGGUACAUGCUUGAAGCACUGAAGCACCUGUACAAACAAAAAUAGCAGCUGUUAGGAAUGAAUAACUGUAUGAGCAUUAUUACAAGAUUUGCCUCAAGAAGAAAUAUAUCUCCCUGUUACAAGUCACCAAAAACAUUAUUCACUCAAAAGCUGCUCUGGGAGGUUUGUCAAAAUAACUCUCAAAUCAUCCAACUCCAUUGUCGAACAGUGUUUUUAGCCUGUUCGGCCCAUCAUAUCUCCUCCGUCUAAAAAGCAAUCCAGACCUGCAGAACAGAGCCAGCUUAGUUUCCCUUCUUUUUGCUGAGUCCUCACAUCACACAGGCCCAGCUCUGUAACUGCAGAGAAACAGAUCUACAGUACAGAGUGACGCUGCCAGGGAGGUGCUGUACAGGACCUGACAAAAAUAAUGUUCGUAAUGGAAAGACAGAUAAAGCCUUCCCCAGAGAAGGAGAAAUUAAUAGGUUAGAGAGAAAGGAGGACAGUGAGGGGAGGAAGGAGGCGGCUGCAUAUGUGUGUGAAGUGCAGGGGUGCUGAAAACCGGCUGUUCUGUCCCUGUUCUGCGUCUCUGCUAGCAGCCGAAGCAGGAUGACAGGAUCACAUUUUGGAUGCGGAGAGGGAGCUCUGUUCUGUGAGACUUUGCAAUGACAGUAAAUAAUGUUGCCUGAGUUUUUAUGGCAAGAUAUUCAGUUCAUUAGAGGAUUAAAAUGUCUCUGGUUUGUAGAUCUUUGUGCCGCUGUUGUGACCUCUAAAGGGUUUGCCGGAGAAACUUAUAGGUAGCUGGGUUCUCUGCAGUAAGAAAUGUAAAUGUGUGUGUUUGAGAUUGAGCCAGGAUGCAGUGCGAAUUGUCAGUCAGGACACACAAUGGUUGCUCAAUGCUCUGUAGCUGUAUUUAGAUAAGUGUGUAGUGUCCUGCUAGCUGGUAUGGAUCCCCAGCAGCCUGUUUUUAGCCUGAUGAAGCGGCUCUGUCCUUGCUUCAGUCUGCUGCCACUGCCAGUAGGUACCCCUGCUCUGUAUCUUUUAAUACAGGUCUAUAAAAUAAAACUGAUAAGUUUCAUUUUCUUUUCUUGAGAGGCUUUUUAUCUUAGUUUAUUAUAAGUUAAAAAACUUUCUCAGGCAACAAAAUAUUGUACCUGUUUGUUGCACAUACUACGUAGCUUGGAAAGAUGUACAUUGUGUACUCAUAUGUGUUUUUUUGUCAUAUAAAAAAUGCAUUUGGUAUCAGUUUCCGUCGGGUCAGUUCAGGGUGGUGACCUGCCCUCUGUUUUGCCCCCCUCAGAGUCAGGACUGGAGUAAGAGUGAUGAGAGGCUCCUUCAGGCUGUGGAGCAGAAUGAACCCGACAAAGUUAUGGCCCUUAUUGCCAAAAAAGGUCUAUGUCCCACAAAGCUGGAUGCAGAGGGAAAGUCAGCGUAAGUUGGACACCUCAACUCCAGACAUCUGGAGUUGCAUGAAACGUUUUACAAAGUUUUCCUUUUCUACUCAGUAUCAUAGUUAUCUAUGACCUGUAACGGUUGCUUCUUGUAAUGUAAAACUACUCUUUAUCCACAAUUUGUACGGUCCUCCAUCAUCUGGCAGAUUCCACCUCUGUGCAUCCCGAGGCCGCCUUGACUGUCUGGAGGUCAUGAUUGCUCAAGGAGCUGACCUGAACGUCAUUGAUGGUGCUGGUAGGGUAUUAAUUAUCAAACUGAACUUUUUAUGUCAAAACCAAAGACUGUUAAAUCUCACGUAUUAUGGACGAUUUACAUGUUUUUUUAUACCCGAUUCAAGGCUUUAGUGCCCUGCACCUCGCAGCCAAAAACAGUGAAUCAGAGUGUUUAAAGAGACUUUUACAGGUAAAACACAUAUUCACAGUAAACUCAGGCUUUGUAGGCUGCUCUUAUCACAAAUAUUUUAUUUUCUGUCACCUCUUUUCCCACUGACAGGAAAGAUUGGCAGUGGAUUGCACAGACAGCAUUGGUAGGACACCGCUUCAUCAUGCAGGUAACAGUAACAGAACUGAAUAUCCAAGUCUAAUUUGAUUAUGUGAUGGUUAACCUCUAUAUUUUUGGAUAACGCUUUGAUGCUAAAAAUGAGGUAGCAAUGAGGAAAACUUUACACAAAAGGUGAACUCAAUGAUAUUUUAUUAACCUUUUUUAUUUGUGAUGUUAUUUCUAGCCAACAUCAUCAUCAACCUUUACAGUAUUUAGGCAUCAAUAAUCACUGCUAUUGCCCUUGUUCACUAUGAUGCUAAAAUACAAUAUAAAAAUGCUUCAAUUAGUUUAACCUAUUUACCUUUUUUUAAUAAAUAUAUCUUUAUUUGGGACGUUUAAACAGACACAUUAACACAACAAUCCAGCAAAAACAUAAACAUAUGUCCUCCAAUUUUGUUUGUUUUGGUAGUUAUCAGCCCCAUCUGAUUUAUCCCUACAGCUGUCAGUGGCUGCUUGCCUUGCACUGAGACCCUAUGGGACUUUAAAGCCAGUCUGGAUGUCCAGGAUGAGGCAAGCUGAAGAGUUUAUUUACAUUAUUUUAAAUUUUAUUUCACAAACUCUAAGUUACUACUCUAGCUGUGAUCUGGAUUGUAAAAUAACCACUUUUAUGUCUGUCAGGAUGGGGCCACCCCUCUGAUCCUAGCAGCACAGAUGAGCAGAGUGGAGCUGUGUGUCUUUCUGUUGGGUCGAGGAGCAGACGCAAACAUUCAAGACAGCCAAGGAAGGUAGGGGGCUUCAAAUAGUGACCUCCAGGACAUUUUUUGGCUCCUCCUCUGUAUGACAUUCAGGGUUUGGUGAGGCAGUGGGGCCUCUGCCCUGACCACAAAUUAUCUCACUGCCUGCUCUCUCACAGUUGCGGCUAAAGCUGUGACAGAUGAAAUGACAGAGUGUUUGACAGUGGGAGGCCUGCUGAGGCAGACUGGGGCAUGAAACAGCUUUCUUUCUAAGCUGGGACCAAAAAAUACACUCGAGGAUUAUUCUCACAGCAGUUGGGUUGUCUGGGUCAGGAGGAUAGAGGAAGGAUUUUCCCGGGACAUCUCAUGUAUGGGCUGGGUUUGGGAGGCUGCGGGUCAGGAUCUCCUACUGGGUCCAACUUUUGCUUAAACUUUUGACUCCAUAGAGGAUGAUUGGGGAGUUAUCCUCCAGCUAAGGGGUUGGAAGGACCUGUAUUGUUUUCCAGGGUUUUUUAUUGAACAUAAUGUCAGAGUCCUCUGAUUCAAAGAAAUGAACAAAUACUGCCUCACUUCUUUAUUAACAUAGUUUUUUUUUUUUUUGCUCAACAAUGCUCUCGACUGUUUAUUAUGAUUUUUGGAUUGCAGGUCUGCGUUGAUGCUGGCGUGUGAGAGUGACGGUGUCGAGACUGUAGAGGCUCUACUGAGAGGUGGGGCCAACACACAGCUGGUCGAUUCUCUCGGACACAAAGCUAUGGACUACAGCGUAACCACCGGCAACCAGAGCAUCAUUCAUAUGCUAGAAAAUGGAGUACCUCCAGGUAAAAAACAUUUGAUGACGCUGUCUCAUAGUCUGCAUAAGUAAGGUGUGCAGAGCUGUAUAUAAUCAACUUACUCCAUUGUUGUAUUACAACUCGAUAAAAGUCAGAUUUGUGGAAACACAUGAAACACAUGGCUGCAGGAUCUAACAGAUUGUUAGCCUCGGUGUUUGGCUUCUGCGUGUGCCUGUGCUGCUCUGGAUCCUGGUGGUGUCUCUGCUCCCCCAGGAAACUCCUGUAAUGAAAGGAAGUGGAUCAGGAGGACAGCCGGGUGUGAUUCUGAAGUGGGUUAAAAAAAAAGAGAGAGGCCGUCUCGUUCUACUUUUAUCUCCCAACAAAGACACUGCUGAUAUAUGAAAAACAGAUGUGUGGCUGUAAGAAGAUGAAGGAUAGAGUUUGGUGUGCACGUGAUGUCAGACCUCCUCAGUUUUUAUUCUAUGGUUAGAGUUUUUGGUAAAAUUAAGGGUCCCAAUCUAAACUUCAUGUGUGGUAGGAAGUGAAAAUGUUUAUUUUUGCUUUCGAGGUCUAAGUGUCUUGCUCCGUCUCUUUCCUUUUGCAUACGUAGCUGCUGAGGGCACAGGCGAAGAGGUAAUGUUGCAUAGCCAUGUGAUGGAUCACUCCCUCCAUUAAAUGAGAUCAUGGCCUCCUUUGGCCGAUCAUAUUGUGCAUGUUUUCCAAUAUGAGGUCAUUGUUUUUGUGGUCUGCUUUCUUUUUAUUGGCUAGUGUUCCCCUUUGUUGCUGUCCCUGUGUCUUAUCUAAGUUCCCCUUGUUUUCCCGUUUUUAAGUUGAGCUUGACCUCUGCUUGUCUGUGAUCACCCACCCACCCACCCCCACACAGUCCUCCCAAAUCCCCUCAGGUGCCUCAUCAGUGCAAGGGGGCACAACCCCCCGCAAACGGAAAGCUCCUCCACCACCACGCUCUCCUCUCCAGGUACUGUGAGAAACCUCUCGGUGGAUGGAAACUUUUUUUUUUUUUUUGUACAAGACAGGUCAAGACGUUCUGUCUUAUUAGUAUGAAUGAACCACUCAUUAGCACGGCCCACAUUUGCAGACACCAUCUCUGAGCUGUGAAUGAUAGGAUGAUUUGAUUUCCAAUGACCAGAAUGUUUAGUUAACCUACUUUCAAAGGAGAAUUAUUUGAUGAACAAACUUUUUCUCCCAUUUGACCAACUUUGUACUUUGUGACAGAAAACAAGGUACAAGUGUGUCCAUGUUAUUGCAAAUUUAAGUGACCUCUUUGUUAGUAAAUAUGUGAUACAGCGUUGCUACUUUUGGGGUUAACCAGAGAAUAACUCGUCUUUUAUAUUAAAGUUUAUUUAAUUCUUUGUCCAAUCAUGAAGAUCCCAGCUGUGCCACCCACACCACGACCCAGAAGUCCCGCUCUGUCUGCCCAGUCUCCAGAGCCCCAGUCCCUUUCUCCGUCUCCACAGCCUCCAGAGACCCAGCAGCCAGCCCAGGUUUCUGCUUUUUUGCUUGGUUAUAUUCACUGUUUGCCGCUCAUAUCAGGGAAAAUCAGACUUAACGCACACAUUUGAUGUCUUUGCUUCAGUCAGAGGAUGAGGAGGUGUUUGAAGAAAUUAGACGGCUACGUCUGGAAAGGGGCCGUCUGCUCCAGAAGAUCAAGGCACUGGAGCAGCAGCAACAGAGCGCCCUCUUGGCCUUGGAGGAGGUAUUGCAUGCAAGUGGUACAAACAGUGCCCUCUCAGAAUAUUUCAUGAUGCUACAUAAACCUACAUCUAUAGGCUCGAGAUAAGAGUAUAUCAGAAAAUAAUACCGAUUUGUAAAGACUCAGUGUUGCUUGUUGUAACCACCAUUUUUAUACAUGCAUGUGCUCUGCAGUUGUCUCAACUAAAGCAGCGCUUAGAGGUGGCAGAGGCCGAAAGAGACAAGCUGCUUGAGGAGCUGAAGGGCGGUCAUGGCAUUGGGGCUAGUGACUCUGAAGACAUGGAUGAAAUGUUUGACUUCCCAGGUAUGCUAUCUAUGUGAGUCUGAAUUUCCCAGGCCUGACAAAGAGCAUGCAUGUACUUCCAUGCAUGUGCACGCACAUUACUGUGUGUCUGGCCCAUCAGGAAGUACAUGGAUUUAUUUUUGGUGUGGUUGUUCUUUAACUUUCCCUCUAGAGAAGCUGCUCUCCAAACACUCCAGAGCCUCCCCUUCCCCCGAUGUGACCGCAUAUGAAGCAGACACUGACCCGGCCCAGCCCUCUCCUGCUCCAGCAAACCCAGGAACUGUUACUGAGCUGCGUAAACAAAUAGAGGAACUUACCUCACAAAACUCUGAGCUGGUUCUCAAAGUGCAGGUAAGGUCAAGGAGAGUAAUCACGGCAAGACAGACCAAAUGUAAACACAUUGAGUAGGCUCAUACCAGUGUGACAUUUUCAUCACAGAAGCACAGACAUGAUCUCCUCUCUUAUCUUCUGCAAACAAACAUACACAGGCAUACACACACGCUCCUGAAACAGUGAAGUCAAUCGUAAAUGUUUCCCACCAGCAGAUGAAGCCACUGGUUCAGGGAUGCCUGAGUGUCUCUGACUCAAACAUUAGUCAUGACCACUUAAACUUUAUGACUCCCAUGCACUAAUGCAUUAAGGCAGUGUUCAUAGAGGCAUAAAUAGAACAGAGCAGCAUCAGACAUGGGGGCAUACUCCUCACUAAGUGGGUCAUGCUGGUUUGAGCACCGAGAGUAUGUUUUCCUGACAUCUUCAGUUCUGAUCUUUUUUAUCCACCACUGUGUAAAAAACAGCCACCAAGACCAAGAUGUUUGUACACACUUUGAAAUUUCAGUUGAUAAUUAUUCAUAAGAGUGAGUCUUUAUCCAAAAAAUGUGUUCUUCUGUAUUGUGAACAGAUGCUGGAGAUGUUUGAGAAAGAUGAUACAGACAUGCAGACCUCCAGCGCAGACUUUGUGCCUCUCGUCCAGUAUGAGACCCUGAGGAGAGAGUUUGAAGCCCUUCAGGAUCGUCUUUCUCAAGCCCGGGGUUCAGAGGAAGCCUCCAGUGUGGCUGAGGACUGGUAAGAACAAUAGUUCAUAUGUUCAGGCACAUUUAUGACCAGCAGACUGAGAGAGAGCCACUACAGGCCACUUUCACUGUGCUAGACCAGGUCUUUACUCGGAGAUGUGCACACCUUUGCUAAUACCAGUUGUAAAGUCUCAGCAGUGUCUGCUCAGAGCCUCUGUCAGGACCAUUUUUAAAAGUGCUGAGCAUUUAUGUUUUUCUUGCAGCUUGCAGGAGGCUGAGCAGGGCAUGGGGUAUCCAUGACUUCAUAGAUUUGGCAGAGCUUUGAGCUCAAUUAGAGGACACUUGCUGUUAGUGCUCACUUGUUAUACUGAAGUGUAAAAGAUUAUUGUUACAAAGUAAUAUUUAAAUGAUCUGAUUACUUGUCUUCAAGUUACUUUAACCUCUUCCACACUGACUGGCCGAGAAAACACUGCACGUAAUUAAGCACUGUAAAAAAUGUAAUGAAACUUGAUGGUGGUGUUAACUUUUAAUUCUUGAUCAAAGUUUAGACUCUAAUGUUCACAAAACUGGGUCGGGUGUCUGUUUUGGUGUAAAUGUUACCUUUUCAUGUCGAUUUUAAUCUGUCUUGGUGCGAAAUCUGGACAUUUAAAAUUUGCGAUCACGAUGGAAUCAAAGCUUUUAGUAAUUAGUUACAUCGACCAGUAACCAAUCAAAAAGUAACUGAACCAUUAACUGCAUAAUCGAAGUAGUUAUCUACUUGAGGAAGUAACCGAAGUGUUACUUCUCUUUGCCUCAGUACACUCAUUCAUGUUGAUAUUUAGUUUUGCUUUUUAUGUUUUCUCAAAGCAGUAAACUCGACAGCUGACAUGGGAGGAACAUCUUUGACAACAUGCUUUGCAACCAGUCUGUUCUGUCCUUCCUGACUUGCAGAAUGUGGAGCUGGCAGGGAUUUGAAAUCAAUCGUCAGCUGAUGUGUGUUUACUCCACCCAAUAUUCUUAGAGCGAGGAUUCCACUGUGCUGACGUAGCCCUAAAACCUCGCUUGCUGAAUCAGAUGAUUAGUGCAGCGGUCAACUAUUUGACAUGAAGCAAUAAGUGAUGUCUUUUUCAAUUUAUGUUAUUUGAAUUUGAAAAGUCAGUAGAUACAAUUUUAAUCCCUUACUAUCCCUUACUAAGUUAGAUGUUGCAACCAUGUUCCCCAUUUUUGGCUAGUUCUGGGAACAACACCUACUGUAAAGGAGUGAUGUGGACAUGUGUCUUAUACUGUAAAAGCUUGUUUUUGAAAAAUAACCCAGUUCUGGUCUUGUUUCCAUGUGCAGUGAUGAUGAGAAGUCUCAAGGAGGAGAUGCAGAAAGUACUGAAGCUCUAAAAGAGAAGCUGCAAAAAAUGACAGAGCAGUUGGCCUCCUCCCGGUCUGAGCUGGAGGAGCUGAAGGAGCAGAUGCGACUUGGGGUGCUUUCUGUGGAGUGUGGUGAGGGGGAUACUGCAGCAGCAGGUGGUGGGACUGAAGGGGCUGCAGCGGGGACUCCUCGCCAAGAAGCACGGCAACUGAGAGCGAGGGUGACGGAGCUAGAGGAGGAGCUAGCCAAGAGAGAGGGUGAGGCAGAGGGCCAGAGCAGCCAGGACAGUGACACAAUCAAACAGCUGACAGAGAAAGUAAAGGAACUCCAGGCUGCUCUGGUCCAGAAAGAGUCUACGAAACACAAAGAGGAGAAAGGCGAAGACGGAGAAGAGGCUGAAACAGUGAGGCUCCUGAGGGCAAAAGUGGCUGACUUGGAGGCAACCCUGGCAGAGAGCGGGACAUCGGGGACAGUGGGAGGAUCAGCAGGAGAGGGGGACCAGGUCCGCCGUCUGCAGGAGCGCGUGGGAGAGCUGGAGGGGCAGCUGAGAAAGAGUGUGCCCCGCUCUGAGCUGGAAGAGGUGCAAGUGACUCUGGGGCUCCAGUGUGAGCAGCUGGCCAGGGAGCGAGCGGAUGUGGCCAGGAGACUCAACAAUGCUCUCCUGGACCUGGAGAGACUCAGGCCACCUCAACGAGUGGAUGAUGAAGAGGAAGAGGAUGAGGAGGAUCAUUCAGAGAGCUCAGAGCCCUCGGUCACAGCAGGUGUGCAGUGUCAUGUUGUUCUACUUUGUGAAAGCCUUUGGGUCGUAAAAUUCCCGUCUCUUUUGCCAAUUUUCUAAAUGAUCACAUCUCCAUCCAAUCAGAUCACUCCAGACGCUCCCUGGCAUCAGUAAGAGAGGAACUGGAGGUUGCGAGGCAGGAGGCAGCCCAGGCUUUGGAUUGUCUGUGUGCAGAGCGAGAAGGCCGUGCACAAGAUGCUCUCCAGCUGAAAGAUGCAGUGCCUCUGUCAAAGCACAGGGAGGCGCUGUCUGCAGUGUCUGAACAGCUGGCUCAGACACUACAGGAGCUCCAGGAGGAGAAGAGCCUGCGGGGUCAAGCUGAGGAGCAGACUGCAACACUAGAGGCCAAACUGCAGGCCAUGCAGGAUGCUGUACCGAAAGAGGAGCAUGAGCAAAUCAAGGUGACAACAAUGGAGUUUGUCAGAUCAUGUAUUCUAUUAUAGGUGUAGAGUUGCAGCUGAGGCCCGGUCUUUUAGAAAUCAGGGUGCCAAGGUCAUAACUAGCAAAUGAAUGCGCCUUAGUCAGUGUGUUUGGCAAUUUAUUAUUCAUUCAUUAUGGAAAUAACUAAAAGGAAACAUGGCCAAUUUCUACAACUAAAUUAAUGUUUAGAUUCCAAAAAAACACAAUUUUAGAAUAGUUAGCACAAUGUAAAACAGCUUUUUGUUGCAGCUAAUAUAAGCAAUUUAAAGUUGGUUGUGUAAUUUAGUUGAAUUGGAGGGUAGUGGCUUUUUGUUGAUUAUGACUUAAUCGUGUUCAAAGCUAAAGAGCAGGACCAGGAAAGCUGAAUUUAGACAAGAUUAAGGGCAUAUAAUUGCAAAUAAGGGAAAUGAUGUGCUUUACUAAUGUGCUUUACAGUCCAGUGGUUAAUGUAUGAAUAUGUUUGAGAGGUUUUCUCAUUCCUUGUUGAGCGCUUGCACGUUUGAACACAAUGACAUGUCAUAAGAAAACCCAUGGCUUUUUAAAGAGCAUAAUGGACUGAUUCCUUUGCUCCCUGGAACUCAGGCAGAGCUCCAGCGCCUCCUACAGACGAGUGAGAAAAGUGCAGCCACUGCUCAGGAGGCCUUAAGUGAGAAGGAGAUGGAGUUGAGAGAGCUGAAGUCCCAGAAGGCCGCAGAACAGGGUCUGAUCUCUAAGGAGGACCACGAAGCCCAGCGACUCUCUUUGCAGGCAGAGAUCAACGCUCUCACGGCCCGUUUUAAUGACCUCACUCGUAAACAUGAGAAGACCUGCACUGAGGUUUGUGUGUGUGUGUAUACCUUCUCAUCUAGAGCCACAUUUGGUUUCAUUGUGUUUACCACAAAGUGAGCGGUGUUCCAUGAAGGCUUUUCCCUCCCUCUGCAUUAUUCAUAUGUGUAUUACUUUCUCUUUUCAGUACCUCCCUAUACUUCACCAACCCUUCAGUGUAUUAUAUUAGUGUACUGAUGCACUGAAGUUAGUUUGCAUUUACCCCCCAAAGCCUGCACAGUGACAAUCUGUUAUGAGAACUGUCUCUUUGUUAACUGGUUAGUUUCCUUGCCCAUUAGAUACUUCAUAUCCUGAUUACUCUUUAUUUCAAAAGUAAAAGCUAGUGUGCUUUGUACUAGAAAUAGACAAAUACAGCCAGUGUGUAUAUGAGGUCACAUUUUUCUUUGGCGUAAACUUUAACAGCACAUUCAAAGCCAAUGUGAAUUGUUUAACUGCAGCUUUUGUUUGCAUAAACAUCAGUGUUACUGCAGAUUGAGAUACAGCCAGGGGUGAAAGUAAGCUGGUGUGCAGCGGUACGCCGUGCCGGGAAGACAUAAACUGCAGUUUACAGCCGGUAUGCAAACUUUCACCCCUGCAAUGUCUGUAGGCUACAUUUGCUUACCAUGUUGCCACACGUCAGUCUGCACUCUGCAUUGUAAUGGUAGUAAUCCAACAGGAUCAUGCUGCUUGCAAGUGAGUCGUAUUUGCUUCCGCGAACAAACAAACUCCAGAAGCGGGAGCGCUCAGUGCGAACUUUUGAUUUGACACUGGUUGCCUUGGCACUGGGGACCGCCUCCCACCUUUUGCAGAAGGAGGGAACUUUUAAAGAGACGGCUGCUUCAGUUUUAAUGCAGAAAUAAAGCAAAAUGCAGUGAAAAAUUGAUUUUAUGUUCAAGAGAAAGAGAGAUGCAGCAGAUGAUGAUACUGUGGCAUCAGAGUCGGCACCUCAUUAAACUUGGGUGUGCUCCUCUUGUACAAAGCCUACGGGUACAGUACCUGCAAGAACCUUAUCCUACUUUCACCCCUGGAUACCACAUAGAUCCUCCUACAUUUACUUAAGCCGAGAGCAGCUAAAUAGGAAUGAUGACCGGUCAAAGAUUUUCUUCCUGCAGUAACAGGAUGCCAUUGCUGGCUUUGCUUGUCUAGGUGUUCCAGGUCCAGAGGGAGGCUCUCUUUAACAAGAGUGAACGGCAGGUUGCAGAGUCCCAGCUGACCACCGUGCAGCAGCAGCUUUCAGAGUUACAGGCCAAAUCCAGCCACAUCCAGGAGCUCCACAAAAACAUUCAGGAAUCCCAGGGGCUGGUCAAGGAGAAGGACCGCAAAGUACGACCUCAGGGAGCAAAUUCAGAAUAUACUUGAAAUUACCCAUGAGGGAGUCAAACUGAUGUGUCUGUCUGUCUUUAGAUUACAGAGCUGUCAAAGGAAGUGUUUCGGCUAAAAGAGGCCCUGGGAGCUCUGUCACCUCCUUUGGGUAUCACAUCCUCCUCUUCCCCCUCCUCAUCCACUCAUCAUGGUAACCCAGGGCAACAAGUGGCACUACAGAACAGGAUUGCCAUACUCACCCAGCAGCUACAGGUGACACUGAUAAUGGGGCUGUUUGAAGCGAAGAAAUAAUUACUAGAAGUACUUGGUUGACUGCCAUAUGUAUCACCAAUGUCAUUAACAUGUCGAAUCUCUCAUGACAUUAACAUCGUCUUUUUGCAGGACUGGGAGAGAAAGCACAAACAGGUGGUGGCCAUAUACCGCUCACAUUUACUGGCAGCUGUGCAGGUCAGUUAUAUUUGCUCAUACACACCAGGAGUCCCAAUUUUAAAUGAAAUCUAAGGAGAUUUUUUUAUUGAAUAUCUGUAUGUUUUUAAGUUUUUGUGUACUUGAUGGCAUAUUUCAGCUGUUGAUGGCUUUCAGCUUGUUUCACUCCCUCUCAUAAUCUGUUGUGCGAACUGCACAGACGGCUGAAUUGGACUUUGACCUCUUUGUUGUGAAUACAAUAAAGGGUGGAAAUGAUCUGUCCAUCUCUCUGCUACCUAGACAAAGUGGAUGAAAUUUCAGGAGAGGUGCAGGGGAAGGGGGGGUGGAUCACUUUCAUCAUAUUCCACAACUAAUAUAUACACCUAAGCUUUUUCGUCAUGCUGGUGGUAACAUGAGGAUUUUCAGGUUGUUGAUUUUUGGCGACUGCUUCCUCUGCAUACUUAGGACAUCUUUUUUAUGGCUGCUUUCUGCACCACCAGGCCUUUAACUGGUUUUGACACCUAACUAUGUUUUAUGCUUGAAUCUUGCAAGAGUGUCUUCAAUCAGGAGCAAGGAGGAGUGCCGUGCAGGCUUACUGAUGCGAUUGAUACACCUGACAUUUAUCAGUGUGCCAGAAAAGGUCCAGUGUUUUAGGUCACUGUGAAGGGUAGCAGUAUAUUUUUUGAGAUUAUAUGUUACCACAUCACCGAGGUUCUUGCUGUCUGGUUAAAUUAAUGCCAUACCUUCCUUUAUAUGACAAGAAACCCAUGAAGAAGCCUCAUUUCAUUCUCUGUUUUGUGAUGCCCAACAGGGUCGAAUGGAUGAAGAGGUGCAGGGCUUGCUGCUCCAGAUCCUGAGGAUGUCACAGCCAGGACACUGA